AGAAGAAGAAGAAGAAGAAGAAGAAGAAGAAUAGUGCAACGACCAGAAGAGCAGUCCAUGGCUUCUUCAGACGUCUUUGUUGCUGCUGCUCGCAAAUGUCUACGAGUUGGAAAGAAACGCUUCUCUGCCACUGUGUGUCUGAACCUGGCUACUCAGGUCCUGGCUGUGGACUUGGGCCUGAAGCCCGCUCUGCUAUAUGACAGUAAUACAGCAUCUGCAGAGCAGGUCCAACAGUAUUUAAACUCUCUGCAGGCUGCACAACUUGUGUCUAAAUCUCUCCAGACAGUGGUCAUCAGUGAGAAUUCCUUGAUUGUGAACCCAUCCCUAACUAUAGCAAACUUGGAGGCACUUCUCUUGAGGAGGACUGUGACUGUGGUGGAUGUAUGUCACUCAUUGGAGCAGCCUGCCAUCACUGAGCUACAGUGGGGAGCUAUCAGAGACAUGAUUCAUACUUUACUUACUCAUAUUAGACAGUUUGGGCAACAUUCUGUGAUGAGAAAUGUCCCUCGCCGAAUUGAAAAGAGACAUUGUGAGGCAUGGAAUCUGUGUACUCUAUUUGGGAUUCUAUUGGGCUACCCCUCCACAUACUGGUUUGACCAGAGCAGGAGCUUUGAGAACUGCCUAGCUAUGUCUCCACUGGUGGUGACCAAGGCUGUGGCAUCCUGGCAGGGUGGUGGUUCUGGAGUUGAGGGUCACAGGUGUUGCCUGUAUUCCUUCAGCACCCCAGAGAUGUUGCAGGCAGAGACUCUGUCAGUGAUGGCUAGCUGGACUACACAGCUUCAGGAACGAUUUCAGCAACAGACGAUCUUCUCUGACCUCAGUGUAACAAGAUCAACUGUCACCUUACCUUCUGUGGCUCUAUGAUUAUAAUGGCACUUUGUGGAUGGAUAUUGUAUGAAAAAUGUGAUGUAUUUUGGAUAUUGUCUGUAAAACAAUUGAUAAGCAAACAUUUGAAGCACUUGUUCAUGUUUCCAAACUGAUUUACAUAAUCAAUUUGGAAACACAAUUUAUUUAAAAUAUAAAUGCAUUUGUGAGGGAAGUUUACACCAAUGACUACAUCAAGCUUGUCUCUACAAACUUGUUGGAUGCGUUGCAUUUUGUUUUGGUUGUGUUUCAGAUUGUUUUGCCCAAUAGGAACGGAAUGGUGAAUAAUUAAUAUUGUUUCAUUUUGGGGUCACUUAUUGUAAAUAAGAAAAUAUGUUUCAGAACACUCCUACAUGAAUGUGUAUGCUACCAUGAUUAGGAGUAAUCAUGAAUAAAUUGUAAAUGAUGAGUGAGAAAUUAAGAGGCACAAAGAUCAUGAUCUUUAUUCCUGAUUUUGGUGGUAUUUCAUUUUUUAUUUAACUAGGCAAGUCAGUUAAGAACAAAUUCUUAUUUAUUUACACAUUAGUGUUCAGAAACAUUCUAUUCUUUUUUACCAUAAGUGACUAUACAUUAUUCGCCAUUUCACUUCCUUUUGGGCAAAACAAUCUGACACACAACCAAAACAAACUGCAAUGCAUCCAACAAGUUUGUAGAGUCACAAGCUUGAUGUAGUCAUUGUGUGCUAGGAAUAUGGGACCAAGUACGUAUUACUUUUUCAAAUGGGUGGACUAGAUGCAUAAAAUGCUUUCAUUUCUAAACCAUAAAACAUAUUUAUGAAAAUACCCUCAAAUUAAAAGCUCAUAUGAAACAUUUGAUCUCAAAUCCAAAAUGCUGGAGAAAAGAGCCAAAAACAGAGAGGAGUGUUUAUACUAGUUAGCUAAAAUGGUGUACAGGCUAAAGGCGUAUGCUUCUCAGCCUAAACAGUUCGGUAGAGUUUGCGUCUAGAUUGACAUUUUGUGACGUUUUUUGUUUGUUUUGGACUUUGAGUUUUUUUAUUUGUGCUGUUUGGGGGCACAAUUUUUUUCUGGAAGCAAGCCGAAGUUCUGUGCUGAAGUCUACGCCACUUCAUCGGUGAUUGGUCAACAGUAAGGAUUCUUCACAGCGCACUCGUUCGGGUAGCCAAGUCUGGCUAGGCGCCAGCCGAACUGAAGUAUGCUGACAACUUAAGUGGAAAGUAGAAUAAUAACCAUUCAUUUCUAUGGAUGAUUGUUACUUCCAUCAAUAUGGCGGGUGCUAACUUCAGAAUAGCACCCUGUCAGCCAUAAAGCAUAUCCCCCAUUACUAGUAGGGUUUCCCAUAGACGUCCAUAGAAACAAGCUUCCAUCUCUCCAGCCCAACGUCCUGAGGCUGAUUGCAUUGCUGCCUGGAUGACCAAGAGGUAGAGCCCAUUGAGUAGUUCAGUUGUCAGUGUCUAUGGAUUAGUGGCCGGAGUCCUAGUAAGGCCAUCUGUCUGUCUCUGGUCAGUGGGGCUGAAUGACUGACAGUACCUCCCAACAAUGAGCCCGGAACUCUGCCAGGUGGUCGGCCCUGGUAGACCCGUUGUUCAAGAUGGCCAUUGGGAUCUUCUGGUCAGCUGCUGCCAGUAGGAAUCUGUACCCAGAAUACACCUAGAAAAAAACAAGGAUUUGUGCCUAGUAGAGCUGACGAGACUGGGCACUGCGUAUAUACUCUGCGUGCUGCAUAGGUCGCCUGUCUGUGCGAGCAUAGAGACCCACCCCAUCUGAGCGGUAGUCUGGGAUGCCAGAUUCUGGAGAGCCCAGCUCCAGUGAUGACGAAAAUGCACGAAAAAAGAAGGCACAGCUCCAGUGAUGCACGAAAAAAGAAGGUCUCUAGCCGCUCCAGGGCGUGGGCAUUGAUGGUGCUGCUGGCGGGCACGAAGCUCUGGAUACCCGCGGGAACAGAUGAUGUUGCCCGCCUCCCAGGGGCCGCACCACUCAGUGUCACUCAGUGUCCAAGGUCUCCUCAGCAACUGCAUCUGCAUUGAGUACAUAGUAAGAUUUAUGGUUUUUGAGUGUUGUUGUUUUCGGAUAAACCUUUCAAAAAAAGGAACCUGUUGGGAUCAAGUGUUUCAGUGGGAAUGUCUAAAGAGCUAAUGUCACUCUGACCAGAUGAGAUUGUAAAUUAAGGAACACAUGACAGGCGUAAUGAUACCUCAUCACAAGUUUGUUACAUCUCGCAUUCUAAAUACAAUAUUAUUAAGGUCACCAAGCGAUAAUUAUAAAGCCAAGUUAGGAAUUUAUGAGUUAUCUGACUCCAUAAUUGUUCACUUUGUCUAUUACAGUAUUCGACUGUAAACAUACAAAACGCUUUAGUCAAGACUGAUGUUUUUUUA